CAGAAUUCGACGCUGAAUGACCUUAAAAAUUUUUUUCAGCUAGGGAUAAGUGGAGUGCUCGUAAAUGGUGCAAGUACUUAUUUGAUAUUGAAGAUGAAAGUUUUUGUAUAUCUAGUUGUGCUUGUCCUGGACAUUACUAUCGCAAAAAUUUCCUUCAGGGAUUUUUCCGGUGCCUUCGGAGUGAAUCGAUCCAUAGGUCAGAUGACUCUUAUUGCUCAAUGUGGUGCUUACCUCUCAAUGCUUCUGCUCUCUUUGAAUCGCUUUGUUUGCGUUUUCAUGCCAAUCAAAUAUACAACAAUUUUUGCGAACCGUUCUACUAUUUUAUUUAUUAUUUUGUCGUUUUUGAAUUAUAUUUCAGCACCAUGCUAUUUCAUUUUCGACCACACUUCUUUGCAAUUCACCUUCAGCGAUACUGAAUGUGGACAUGUUCUGUCCGAUUAUGUAGAUUACUGGUUCAGUAUAGUUUUAUUCACUAUCGCAUGUGUACUGGACUUGGCUACGCUGAUCAAGCUACAAUUGGUAAGUUCUAUUUUUGUGGUCAAUUUCCGCUUGAGCUGGACCCUCACUACCGUCAAAUACAUCAACUUUAUCACCUGCCAUACCCUGACGUGCGAGCUCUUUGGAAAGGACCCAGCAGUGUCAUUUUAG